AUGUCAGAUUACACAGUCGCCAUGGCCAACAGCUACUCGACGCUGAUCGACUGGCUACUGGCCUUAAUCAGCAUUAGCGUCUGUAGCAUCCUUCUCUUCCUAAUAUUCCUCGUCGUCAUCUGUUUCUGGAUCGUCAUCGCCAUGAUCAAUUUCUUCACCAUCACCCUCUUUAUGGCACUUCUUAUUACCAUCAGUAUCUUGGUAAAUAUUCGUGGAAGUGAAGAGCCUCAGGGAUAUCACCGAAUUCAAGACAUCUACGUCGCUGACACGCCCUUACUUAUUACGACUGAUAUGCUACCAUCCGCAUCUACCAGCCUGACGCUCAAUCCGAAACGGUCGCGGAACCAAUCUGGCAAGCGACAAAAGAGAUGA